CAUUUUUAUCUGCAUUUAGCCAAAAAAAAUGAGGAAUUUAUAACUUGAGAGGAACCAGAAGAGGAACCUGAAAGAUCUGGUGGAUCAGAGGGUGGAACUACAGCAGCAGAGGAAUAAAGGAGGAGAGGAACAGACAGACAGACAGACAGACAGACAGAAGGAAGAAAUAGAAAUAUAAUAUAAUAUAAUAUCAAAUAAACGCAUUAAAGGCUUUAGGGAUUCCCGUGCGCGUCUGGAUGGAUGGCCGGACCCGCGGAUGGUCGGAUGCGGUGGAUCCGGAGGGAUGAUGGGUUAGACUGGGACUGAACAGCUGAAAAGCACCGAAGCUCCGGGCACCGAGGAGGAGGAGGAUGGCAGCUGAGGAGGUGCCCGACCUGAGCCACCUGACCGACGAGGAGAGGAAGAUCAUCCUGUCGGUCAUGGAUCGGCAGAAGAAAGAGGAGGAAAAGGAGCAGUCCAUGUUGAAGAGGCUGCACCAGCAGUUCGAGAUGUAUAAGGACCAGGUGAAGAAGCUCGGUGAAGAGUCCCAGAAGGACCAGGAGCAGAAGACCGACUCGCCCACCUGUGGAAUUUGCCACAAAACCAAAUUUGCCGACGGCUGUGGCCACGUUUGUUCUUAUUGCCAAACCAAGUUCUGCGCUCGCUGCGGAGGGCGGGUGUCUCUGCGCUCCAACAAGGUGAUGUGGGUGUGCAACCUGUGCCGAAAACAACAAGAAAUACUCACCAGAUCUGGUGCCUGGUUCUACGGAGGUGCUGAGGGUCGGAGGUCUGGACCUGAGGUCAGAGGUCACCUGGACCCGUCCAGAUUGGCUGUAAGAAACCCCUCAGGUGUCCCAGUGGACAGAAACAGAGGUCCGUUGGCGUCGAGGACCCUGAACUCGUAUAACGCAGCAGGACGUUCCCACCAUGCGGACGGCAUCAUGCCUCGCUCUCCGUCCGACUCGAACCGCUGGCGCUAUCAGGACCAGGACCGCCACCCGGACGCCCCGCUAGCCGAUCACGAGCGGCAGCGCCAGCUGGAGCAGGAGUACCGCUCCCGCUACAGCAGCGACCCCAACCUGGCACGCUACCCGGUCAAAGCUCAGCCAUACGAGGAGCAGAUGUGGAUCCACGCCCAGGUGUCUCGGGCGCGGCACCAGCGGCGGCACAGCGACGUCUCCCUGGCCUUCACCGAGCUGGACGAGCCUCAGAACGGCUUCGACGGCCGGAGGUCAGGGUCUAAGUGCUCGUAUUCCGUGGACAGGAGCUCGCCGGCGUUCAGGACUUCCAACAGGAGCCCGGUAUUAGACGACAGGCGACGGAAGACGCACCACCUGGACCCGGGCGCGAUGGACGGCGUGGCGAGAGCCGACUCGCUCAGCUCGGACCAAUCCGAGUCCACGAGGCCGGCCAGGAUGCACCAGAGCCGCAGGGCGGGGCACUUCAGAACGGCCGGGAGCUUCAGCAGCUCCGAGGAGGAGAUCAACACCACGCCGGAGUACACCAGCUGUGAGGAGCUCGAGUGUGAGUUCAUCGGUGAGAAAGGAGAGAUGGACGGUCACUGGUGGGAUUAUGCAUCCUGGCAUAAUGAGUCCUCAUCCAUGUCCAUGCACCCGGUGACGUGGCAGCCUUCGAAGGAUGGAGACCGACUAAUCGGACGAAUUUUACUCAACAAGAGAAUGAAGGACGGUUCAGUACCGCGGGACACCGGAGCGCUACUGGGUCUCAAGGUGGUCGGAGGUAAAAGGACAGAAUCUGGUCAGCUCUGUGCUUUCAUCACCAAGGUGAGGAGGGGAAGCCUGGCAGAUACAGUCGGCCACCUCCGACCAGGCGAUCAGGUUCUGGAGUGGAACGGGCGUGUCCUGCAGGGAGCCACCUUUAAAGAAGUCUAUAAUAUCAUUCUGGAGUCUAAACCUGAACCUCAAGUGGAGCUUCUGGUGUCACGGCCCAUCGGUGACGUACCCAGGAUGCCGGAGGGACCCCACAGCCAGCUGGAAUCCAGUUCGAGUUCAUUCGAGUCUCAGAAGAUGGGUCCGUCCAUCUCCGUCACAUCUCCCAUGAGUCCCGGCGUCCUGCGCGAUGCUCCUCAGUACCUGUCUGGACAUCUCUCAGUGAAGCUCUGGUACGAUAAAGUGGGGCACCAGCUCAUCGUUACCAUUCUGGGGGCCAAAGACCUGCCUGCUCAAGAGGACGGACGUCCCCGCAACCCAUACGUCAAGAUUUACUUCCUCCCUGACAGAAGUGAUAAGAGCAAGAGGAGAACGAAGACGGUGAAGAAGUCGGUGGAGCCGAAGUGGAACCAGACCUUCAUGUACUCACCUGUGCACCGGCGUGAGUUCAGGGAGAGGAUGCUGGAGAUCACGCUGUGGGAUCAGGCGCGGGUUCGAGAGGAGGAGAGCGACUUCCUCGGAGAGAUUUUAAUCGAGUUGGAGACGGCUCUGCUGGACGAUCAGCCUCACUGGUACAAACUCCAAACCCACGACGUGUCCUCCAUGUCCCUGCCCAACCCCUCACCCUACCUACAGCGCCGAUACGUACAGGGGGAGAGUCCCACACGGAGACUACAGAGAUCACAGAGGAUCAGCGACAGUGAAUUCUCCGACUACGACUGUGAAGACGGAAUCGGCGUCGUAUCAGAUUAUCGGCACAACGGCCGGGACUUCCAGAGCUCCACCCUGUCGGUUCCUGAGCAGGUCAUGUCGUCCAAUCACCGCUCUCGAUCGGACGCGAUGCGGAAUCGUUCUCGUUCUCCCAGCGUCCCUCCUCCGCACAGGUACGAUCCCUUGUACCCCAUCUAUCGAGAAGAUGCCCUGAAGCUAUUACGUUCAUCUAAGUUGGCCAGAAGCUACUCAGAAAGGGCGUACAAUAGUGUGGACAGGCAGGACAGACGAAUGUCCGUCUACAGCGACUCGUACGACCCGCCAGAGAGACAUUACAAUGGUCCCGGCCACGCCCCCACUCCGUGGCCCGAUCACGUCAUGAACGGAUCCUGUGAGGAUCACAGGUACGGUCACGCCACGCCGGAGCGGCAUUACAGGUCGAGGUCGGCCGACCAGCGGCCCAUGAUGGACAGACCCUUCUACAGCCGCUCGCGCUCCACCGAGCGGCCCGAACCGUCCUACAGGAGGUCCAUGCCGUCCAUACCCUCCAGGAGGUCCGCCCCUCCCUCUCCUGCCUUAACGAGGGCGAAUCCCCACGCCGGGUCGGUCCAGACGAGCCCCACCAGCACCCCGGUGUCUGGGAGACGGGGCCGGCAGCUCCCGCAGGUCCCUCCCAAAGGCUCCGUGGACAGAAGUUCUCUGAAGGAUCCCUCCAGGAGAGGGAUGGACACUUUAUCCAUGAAGUCCUCGGACAGUGACGUUAGCGACGUCUCUGCCAUGUCCAGCACGUCUCGGCUCAGUAACGCCAGCUACAUGUCGGUCCAGUCCGAGAGGGCACGUGCCAACCGCAAAAUCAGUGACUUUACGUCCAAAAUGAAACGCAGGGCUCAGACGGCGACUCCGGGUUCCAACAUCACCAAGAGUUCCAGCGUGGGGGGAGAGAUGUGCUCGCUCGGCCGCAACGACGAUGACGAGGACGACAAGAAGAGGCGCUCCAGCUUCGGUGCCAAGAUGGCCGCCAUGGUGGGUCUGGGCAAGAAGAGCCAGAGCACGUCGCAGCUCGAUCCGAAGGAGGAGGGGAAGAAGAAGAAGCCGGUACGGUUGGCGAUACAGAGGAGUGUUGAGACGGGUUUAGCCAUCGAGAUGAAGAGCAGAAUGACGCGCCAACCGAGCAAAGAGGCGACGGACGAGAACGAGAAGCCCAAACCGGGAAAUUUGAUUUUUCCGGGUGUUAAAAUCUCCACCGACAGUCAGUUCACUGAGUUUUUGGACGGUUUAGGCCCCGCCCAGCUCGCCGGACGCCAGACGCUAGCCACGCCUCCGAUGGGUGAUAUUCAGAUCGGUAUGGUGCACAGGAAGGAGCGACUGGAUGUGGAGGUGAUUCGUGCCAGGGGGCUGGUGGGCAAACCGGGCAACAAACAGACACCAGCCCCGUAUGUGAAGGUUUACCUGCUGGAUAACGGCAAGUGUAUAAAUAAGAAGAAAACCCGACUGGCCAGGAAAACUCUGGAUCCUCUUUAUCAGCAGCAGCUCCAGUUUGAGGAGAGUCCUGAGGGGAAAGUGUUACAGAUCAUCGUGUGGGGAGAUUACGGCCGCAUGGACCACAAGUCCUUCAUGGGCGCGGCCCAGAUCCUGCUGGACGAUCUGGAGCUGACCAACAUGGUGAUCGGCUGGUACAAACUCUUCCCCCCCACCUCGCUGGUGGACCCCACCCUAGCCCCCCUGAGCAGCAGAGCUCCCGAGGGGGGCGGCGACAAACCCAACGCUCGCUCGUAACCCACGGCGACGAGACGUCCGCUGCAUGCUUCACGCCGCGCCCCGCAGAGGGGCUGAGCGCCGGAGACGCCGAGCGCCGCCCUCUGCCGCCGCCGCCGCCAAACUGGGAGUACGAAGGAAAAAAGGAAGGAAGGAGGGGCGCGGGAGCCCGGCACUCGGGUUCACCACGGCGGAGGGUGUUCCACCCCCCCCGAACCUCGCCCAGCAGAGCGCGGGUGACAGGAAGAGAAGACGAACCUGCCGUUUUGUUUCCGUUUGUAAAAAAAAGGCGUGGCCGUCGGGUCACGUGUGAGAGACGGAGGGUUUUUUUGGGAGACGGAUUGAGGGAAUAAAACCAAGCUCACGCGAGUCGAUAAUAACAGAACGACAAACUUUACGCUUUUAUUUUCAUUUUUAGAACGACGUCGAUGUUUUGAGCCACGCCGACGACAAAAAAGCCGUGAGCUAACGUUAAAAAAAGAAAUAAAAAGUAAAGAUAAAAGAAGCUCAACAAAUCUGGAAGCGUGUUUGUGUUCCAGUCUGAUCGUAUUUUGGAAAGUCGUGCGUUUCCGUGCAUGUUUGCAAAGUACUGACAAAAAAAAACGACGUAUUUCCUUCAGAGCUGCUACUAGCGAAAAAAUAAACAAAUAAAAAUAAAAAUAGACGAUCGGAGACGAGCGCUGUUCCGGAUCAGAUGUUGUGUAAUGUUGGUUUUAAAGUAUUUUUAAUAAAAAUCGCCGCUGCAUGCUUUUCUGUGAAAGUGACUCGCGACCGAGAUGAAACGUGAUCGUCGUCGUAUUUCUGGAUUUUUACAGAAUAAGAAAAAAAAACAAUUUAAAUAAUAAUAAAAAAAAUCAUCAGGAAUAAUGACGGUAUUUUUAGGACUGGGUGCCACUUUUAGUCCCCCGUAGCUUAAGCAGGUUAAAGGAGUGCGUUUGGAGGUGGAGCCGUGAUGGGAUCUUCACUCUUCUGGGAAGAUUUUGGAACACAACUGCCGACGGCAGAAAUUCAGGCACUGGGGGCGAGUUCGUUCCGAUAGUGUCGGAUGGUAUUAAGGUCAGGAAACAGUAUUCCCCAAACUAUUGCCGCCGGCUCUCUGGAACGUCUGGCGUGAGAUCUGGCUGAGCCCAGUCUGCUCGUGCUGCUGUUCCCUGACUGGGUUUGGAAUCCGGUAGUGAGCGCUGUAAUGUUCCGUGAGCCUGUGCAGCGCUACGGCUGAGCUGUUGUUAAUACUAGAUGUUGGUGGUGCUUACGGGCGACCCUGGUCGGAUCUAGCGGGGUCGAAACGUUCCCUGAGCGCUUCAGAGGCACGCUCGCUUGGAUCUGAAAUGCGCUGAUUAGAAGUGGCGUCCAAAUACUUUUGAGCGUGUGGUGUAAAUCACACCACCCUCGUAUGUGAGUCUGAUCAUUACCGGUCCGGAGAAGCGACAGACACGUUAAAUGUUGCUCCGUUUGACUUGAUUUGAUCGAUUUAUUUUUUUAUUCCCGAACCCGUCCACGUCAGUUCGUGUCCACAGGGGGGCGCUGUGUUGUUUUUCCACUCGUCCUCCUGGUUUACAUUCCUCUAAAAUCAGGCAUGUUGAAUCUGAAGGUGUUUUGCGCUCCCACGUCCGAGCAUGUUUCAGUAAAAGCUCCGUCGCUCGGGGAGUUUCGGUGUUUGAUGCAUGUGGACGUGACGCUCGGCCUCGGACCCUCGACUGGACCGGGAGUCUGUUCUGAUCGUUCUGUUUCCCUCCCCACUUUUUUUGUAUUUGUUCUUUUAUUAUUAUUAUAAUUAUUAUAAUAAAAAAAUUACAUUUAUUGUAAGAAUUUAUAUUGAGAUUGUGAAUCUUGAUAUGCAACGAGCUAAAAACAAAUAAAAGUAAUUUUAUAUGGAUCUGGGUGACGAGUAAAGGCUGAGACGAGAUUUUAUUUUAUUAUUAUUGUAUUAAAGUAAAAGAUUAAAUAAAAUAAUAAAAAAGGAUCUGACGGGUUUGACGGUGCAGAACGAGCUACAUACUGGUGUGUUGAAAUGGUUAAAAAAUGCCACAGAAUUUUUCAUCGUUCUCUUGUUUUAAUAAAAUAAAAAUAAAACAUCAUCUGUGUUUCAUCCUUCAGAAGUGAUUUAAUAAAUAAAUAAACUGUGAGGAAA